AUGGCAGAACCCGACAAUGUACCCGACCUCCCCACCUAUCUCCCAGAAGUUCCUCGUCGGGAGGGAUGGCAAAACGACUCUGCCUGUAUGAUCGCCAUCCUCCAGGUCCUCGAGGCGCGUGUUCAGCGAGCUGCCUCAAUCUGGGCGCCAAACCCAUCAAUGACGUGGAGUACUGAUUGGCUAGUGGAAACGACGGCUGCACAACCCGUUGUCGAGUACAUCGCUGGUCGGGACAUCGACGUUCCAGACACAGUCGUCAGGUCGGUUGACACCGACAAGUGCAAUCCAUGGUCGCCUGGGUUCCCCUUCACCUUGACCUACCUUGAGCAGAACCCGCCUGUUUUUCCGGAACCUGCCAGCUAUGGCACCAAUUGUUGGUGGGACGACUACGACGAUGCAGAAGGCACAAGUAAUGACAGACCCGCCGGAUCCAAUGACGAGGAAGACCCACCCGUGCCUGCACCCCCCACACGCAAGCGUGGGCGGUCGGAUGCCUCCUCCGACGCGGACCAGCCACCGGAUACACCUUUGAACGCUGCAAAUAAGGGGAAGGGAAAGGGAAAAGAGCAGGCCGAUCCGGCACACGGUCGACGCACACGGGCAAGUGCCCGUGCUGCCAACGCUUCCACUGAGGCCGGACCGAGCCAUCAAGGACAAGUGUCUGGAUCCGGCCACCCGUCCGGAUCCGAUCACAUUGGCACGAACCAGAUGCACGUUGACUCGGGCCGACUGCUGGAUCUCCAGCACGACAUUGAAUUUUUGCAAGUUCGCAUUACCACCAUCGCCAACCGGAUGGACACCCUGGUGACGCAGUCGCAGUUGGACUUUGUGACCAGCAAAAUGGCCAACCUGCAGGCCAGCUUGCAGGCCAUGAUCAAUCAGGAUGAAGGCGAGGACACAGCGAUGGCGGGCCCGGAUGCUGCCGGACAGAACUGA